ACUCCCUCCGUACUUGAAAAAAAAGGGGGAAAAAGAACCCCAGCACAGCAGGAACCCUAGUCCAAAACGAUCUGAAACAGAUCUGAAUAUCCAUAUCGGUCUUGAGUGUGGAGCUUCCAUCUCGUCUCCUCCAUUCCUCUCCUCCGCCAUUUCGCCCCCAUCAACUCGAUGCAGCGAGCCCAUCUCCACCGUCUACUGCUCAUCUCGUCCUGCCUCAUAAGAGAACUCCACCCUGAACUCAUGCCCCUUCUCUCCUAACACCGCCGGAGCCUGUGCAUAUCACUGUUCUAUUCAGAGACGUAUUCCGGCCGUUUCCGAGGAAUUCUACAUCGUCUCCGUAAUCCACCGGGAGUGUCCGAGGCUCUUCUCAUAGUGUUUUUGCGUCUGCCGCGCCAUUUCCCCACUGGUUGGGCGUGACAUUGCUUCAUAGCUACACAGGCAUGAUGAUCAGCAAACAACUUCUUCUGACAUAUCUGUAUCUCCUUAUUUAUAUUUUGCUCUCAUCUGGCGUCAUUUUGUACAACAAGUGGGUGCUCUCACCAAAAUAUUUCAAUUUCCCACUGCCCAUAACGCUCACCAUGAUUCACAUGGGCUUUUCUGGCUUAGUAGCAUUCUUUCUUAUCCGUGUUCUCAAGGUUGUGUCCCCUGUCAAGAUGACAUUUGAAAUAUAUGCAACGUGUGUGAUUCCAAUCAGUGCUUUCUUUGCAGCUAGUCUUUGGUUUGGCAACACUGCUUAUUUAUUCAUCUCUGUCGCCUUCAUCCAGAUGCUUAAGGCUCUAAUGCCAGUUGCCACUUUUGUCGUAGCGGUAAUUUGUGGAACAGACAAACUAAGAUGUGAUGUGUUCCUGAACAUGGUAUUGGUCAGCAUUGGUGUUGUUGUGUCCUCCUAUGGAGAAAUUCAUUUCAAUGUUGUGGGCACAGUUUACCAAGUCACUGGCAUAUUCGCUGAGGCUCUUAGGCUAGUUUUAACUCAAGUUCUUCUCCAGAAAAAGGGCUUAACUCUGAAUCCUGUCACUAGCUUGUAUUACAUUGCACCAUGCAGCUUCGUGUUCCUUUUCAUUCCAUGGUAUCUUCUGGAGAAGCCUGAAAUGGUAGUCUCGCAGAUUCAAUUCAAUUUUUGGAUUUUCUUUUCCAAUGCACUAUGUGCUUUAGCCUUAAAUUUUGCAAUAUUCUUGGUGAUCGGAAGAACUGGUGCUGUGACAAUCCGAGUUGCUGGUGUCUUGAAAGACUGGAUUCUUAUUGCCCUAUCAACUGUUGUUUUCCCCGAGUCAACAAUUACCAAACUUAAUAUCAUAGGCUAUGCCAUAGCAUUAUGUGGUGUCGUGAUGUACAACUAUCUUAAGGUAAAGGACGCUCGAUCAUCCCAACUUCCCGUUGUGGACCGACCUCUAAAGGACCUUAAGAUGGAGAAGAAGUCGUCUGAUUUGUUCGUACCAGAUGAUGUUAUUAGCAGCAGUGGAACAAGAAAUGGAUCCCAAGAUUCAAUGUCUGAUGAAGAGGCGCCGUUGAUUCCAACAGCUAGAAUCUCUCAUCUUGGACGAAGCCAACUUGGAGGCGGCAGCGGCCACUCUGCAUGACCUGUUUAACACACUGCUAGCUUUGUUUUGUUCGAUAGUAGAAAAAGUUAAGAAGCUGAGUUGAGGAUUGCCUGGAUUGGGACCAUCAGAGAUGUAUACCUUUUUUUUUGCGAGAAGAAAUUUCAAUGUUUUUAUUUCCAAGCCUCUUAAUUGCCCACUUCAUACUGUGAGUUAUUGUACUGUAAAUUUUUAAUCAAUGUUACCUAUACAAAGACUCAUCAUUUAUAUGCACGGAGUAAUGUUUUAAGCCGUUAAUCUUCAUGCUCUCGUUAUGUUCCUU